CAAUAUCGAUUCCAACUACUAGUAACAGAUUCGUACCAUCGCUCAAACAAUAAUGACUUCAGACACUAGUAGUAUUAAUCCUGUUGAAGCUAAGGAAGAUGACAAACAUGUUAUUCAUCCACCUUCUUUUACUUGGCCAGCAAUCAGAGGCUAUUUCUCCACUAGACUCUCAUCGCUUAUUGUUAGCAGAGAUGAAUAUUCCCACUAUUCAUUACAUGAAAUACUUAACCCUUUUAAGCCUUUGGUUGAGAUGAACUUGCACCAAUGGAAUUUUUUCCUUUUAGGGUUCUUGGCUUGGACUUGGGAUGCUUUGGAUUUUUUCGCCACUUCCUUAAACCUUACCAACAUUGCUGAAGAUUUAGACGUCAGUGUUAAAGAUGUUUCUUGGGGUAUUACUUUGGUUUUAAUGUUGAGAACUGUUGGUGCUAUUAUCUUUGGUGCUCUUGGUGAUACUAGAGGUAGAAAAUGGCCUUACAUGAUUAAUUUGUUCUUGUUGGUUGUUAUUCAAAUAGGUACUGGUUUUGUCACUACAUAUCAACAAUUCUUGGGUCUUAGAGCUUUGUUUGGUGUUGCUAUGGGUGGUAUCUUUGGUAUCUGUGCUGCUGAAGCCCUUAGUGAUGCUCCAACUAAGGCAAGAGGUGUUCUUUCGGGUAUUUUCCAAGAAGGUUAUGCUUUUGGUUAUUUAUUGGCUGUCAUUUUUCAAAGAGCUCUUGUCGAUACUACUCCUAAGGGAUGGAGAUCUCUCUUUUGGUUCAGUGCUGGUCCACCUGUUCUUUUAAUUAUUUGGAGAUUUUUCACCCCAGAAACCGACGCUUAUUUGAGUCAAAGAGCCAAAUUCCAAGAAGGUGCUAUGAAUAAAUCAUCCAAGGUUAAGGAAUUCAAAUCUCAAGCCAAGGCUGCCCUUAAACUGUACUGGUUGAUUCUCAUCUACUUGAUUCUUAUGAUGACUGGUUUCAACUUCUCUUCCCAUGGUUCUCAAGAUUUAUAUCCAACUAUGUUAACUAAACAAUACGGUUACGGUGCCGAUGCUUCCACCGUGGUUAACGUGUGUGCUAAUUUGGGUGCUCUUGCUGGUGGUAUUGUUAUUGGUCACUUGUCCACAUUUAUUGGUAGAAGAACUGCUAUCUUAUGUGGUAACGUGAUUACUUGUGCUUUUAUCUAUCCAUGGGCAUUCAAACCAAUGUGGGUCACUGCUUUCUUUAUGCAAUUUGGUGUCCAAGGAUCUUGGUCGGUUGUUCCUAUCCAUCUUUCUGAGUUAUCUCCACCACAAUUCCGUGCAUUUGUUUCCGGUGUUUCGUACCAAUUAGGUAACUUGGUUUCUUCUGCUAGUUCUACUAUUGAAGCUACUCUCGGGGAACGUUUCCCUAUCGAUCCUGCAAAGGAAAUUUAUGACUAUGGUAAAACUAUGGCUAUCUUUAUGGCUGCUGUUAUGGUUUACUUGAUAAUUGUUAUCUUGCUUGGUCCUGAAAACAGAGGUGCUAAUUUGGGUGGUGAAAGAAAAGCUGUUUAUGUUGAAGAGUCCGAUGACAGUGAACACGAAAAGGCUGACAUCAAAGAGAUUGGUAUUAAGACUAAGGUUCUGGAAGUCUAAGUCUUUAAUAUUUAAUUUAUAUUUCUUUGUCUUAUCUUAUUAUUAUAACGUUUUACUUAUCAGGGUAUUGUGUAGGAUAUUUCUAAAAUAAAUCCAAAAUUCAAUCGAAAAAAAAAAA